AUGCUUGAACAGGAGCCUCUAACCACAGGUCAGGAGACUGCACAGGGAAGUGGGAAGAAGCAAAAGAGAUUUCUGUGUCAUCGGUGCCAGAGAAACUUUGCUCGGUUGGAACACCUGCAGCGACAUGAGCGAAUUCAUACCCAAGAGAAGCCGUUCAGCUGUACCUUGUGUGACCACCAUUUCACUAGGAGCGACCUCCUCAUACGCCACGAGAGGCUCACUCACAACAGAGAUGCCUCCUCGAGAAACCAAAGGCAGGAUCGAGCUGGCGGCGAUAACCAAGAACCUGCUCAGUCCACGGAGAAACGCAGGAGGAUAGCAUUUGAGAACUCGAUCGAGAAUGAUGAUGACCACGGAUCACCACAAAUGGGCAAUCCAAUGAACUUCCACGGCGUCUCCUCACCAACCAAUACAGCUCUUGAUGGGCCUUCAAACUCAAACCAGAACGAUGAAUACUCCCUUGCUGCUUUGUCGAUGGCAGCAGAGUAUUCUGCUCUACAAGGCAAUUUUGCAGCCUCGCCGUUUCCGACACAGAUCAUACCGCAGGGUCCCAGUAUGGCUCUUCAAAACGAUCAAAUGGCGACUCCAGUAGACUCUCUUCAGGGACCAUAUGCAAACCAGUCCCAAGGACUGGGGUUUGAAGACUCAUUGGAUAGUCUUGCUGCUUUUCUCGACAACGAUCUACUGUCCUCGUACCACUUUUCGUCCUUGAUCAGCACGGAGCAGCCAAUGGUUUACUUUUCACCCGAAUCUUGGACGAAUGCCAAUGAUUUUAUGCCUCACUCUGCUGUUCAAGAGGCACCUCAUUUGAUCCAGAACAAUGAUCAAUCCGAAGAGCCUAAUUCAUUCUCACGCUUUGGAUCACGGCUACCCUCGUUGCAGCCCGAAGAACGAGCCGUUCAAACUCAGCAGCAAAAGUCAAUGAAUCGUCCAUUCUCUGAGCUUUCAUCCGAAGACAGGCAUAAUGUCACAGCAAAACUUGCCGACUUCGCCUCGGUGGUGCCACCUGGCUUCCAGCUCCCAUCCCGUCUAGCUCUCUCACGGUACAUUGCAGCUUAUAUCAACGGAUUUCAUGAACACCUUCCAUUUCUCCACUUGGCCACAAUGACGAUAGAAGGCUGCUCACUCGAAUUGAUCCUUGCAAUGGCGGCUGUUGGGGCUCAAUAUUGCUUUGAAGGAGAGAAAGGCGUCGAGCUCUUCAAUACUAGCCAAUCAAUUGCUGCUCAAAGAAUUCGACGGAGGGACGCCAGACUCGUCAGCUUUCAUCGACGAGCUGGAUCAGAGGUUUCUUCAACCACCAGAGGCCCUGAAGUAUCUUCAAAUACAGAAAGUCCUGCGAUUGAUUGUUCUACGUCUGGUCCUCUGGGGCUGCCAUCUGAGGCCGAUGCCUCUGCUACGUUUUCCUUGGAAAGAGAAGAUCUUAUCCAAACGGCUCAAGCACUGUUGAUCUUGAUGGCCAUGGCAACUUGGGCAAAACACAAGGAGAUCCUUCGGGAAGCCCUUGCAAUUCAAAGUAUCCUUGCGACCCUUAUACGAGAUGAUGGGCUCCAAAGUCAAUCACUUCAACCAGAUAUCUCAUGGGAAGACUGGGUACGAUUCGAAACAACGAAGAGAACGAAAUUUAUAGUAUUCUGCUUCUUCAAUCUUCACUGCAUCGUUUACAAUAUCCCACCACUCAUUCUCAACUCGGAAAUCAAAUUGACUCUGCCAUGCAGCGCUUCGGAAUUCAAGGCACCAAAUGCCAUGGCAUGGAAAGAAGCAAGAAGGAAGCGAACCCAAGAAAUCGAAUUCCAGGAAGCGUUUCGACGAUUAUUUCUGCGAAAAGGAAGACCUACAACCGAGUGGAACUCUUCACUGGGAAAUUAUGUUCUGAUUCAUGCUGUGAUCCAGCACAUCUUUUUCGUCCGACAAAUUGCCAAGUAUCGAUUUGAUAGCCCUGGUGAGCUUACUCCGGAAGAGGUGUCGUCACUAGAGAAUGCCUUGAGGAAUUGGCAGCUGGGCUGGAAACGAAAUCCGGAAUCGUCACUGGAUCCCAUGAAUCCAAAUGGACCUGUGGCAUUCAACUCCACAGCACUUCUACGGCUGGCUUAUAUCCGUUUGAACGUGGAUACUGGCCCCGGUCGUGCACUGGAUACACGUGAUUCCGCUCAGAUUGCGAAUGCUUUCCGAGACAGUCCGCCGAUCAAGCGCACUCCAAAGCUUGUGCGUGCCGUCUUACAUUCAGCUCACGCCUUGAGUGUUCCGGUCAAAAUUGGCAUACGGCUGGUAGCAAAGACCCAGACAUUCAUCUGGUCGAUUCAACACUCCCUGUGUUCACUCGAAUGUGCUUUCUUAUUGAGCAAAUGGCUCGAGGCUCUAUCAUUACCAAAUCCUGAGCCACCGAUAUCAGACGACGAACGAAGGAUUAGUUCACUAGUAAAGACGAUGCUGGACGAAACAGAGUUUGCAGUCCCUGAUGGUAUGUCACCGCCUGUGAUGAACAAAUGUCUCAGUGCCGGCGUCUUGCGAGUUUGGGCAACGAUUUUCAAGGGGGCGCAAACAUGGGCGAUUGUAGAUGUCAUUGGGAGCUCCUUGAAUAUCUACGCCGAUAUGUUGGAAUCUUCUUGA